AUGGGGGAUGCUGUAGUUGGCAUCAUUGGCAUGGGUGACAUGGGCAAGAUGUAUGCCCGGAGAAUCAGCAAGGCUGGCUGGAAAGUCCACGCCUGCGAUGUCCCCGAUAAGACUGCCGCGCUGAGAGCAGAAUUUGCGGACAAUACCAACAUUUCCAUUUUUGACAACGGUCAUCUCGUGUCUCGUAGCUCAGACUGGAUCAUGUACUCGGUGGAGGCUAAGAACCUUGACGCCAUUGUCGGCCAAUAUGGUCCAUCUACGAAGGUCGGUGCUAUCGUCGGUGGCCAGACUUCUACCAAAGCUCCCGAAAUUGCUGCCUUUGAAAAGCAUUUGCCCAAGGAUGUUGAGAUCGUGACUUGCCACUCGCUGCAUGGGCCUGGAGUCAACCCCAAGGGCCAGCCACUGGCCAUCAUCAAGCAUCGUGCUUCUGACAAGUCUGUCGAGCUGGUCGAGCGUAUCCUGUCAUGUCUCGAAUCAAAGUUCGUCACGCUGUCGGCAGAGAAACAUGAUCGCAUCACAGCAGAUACCCAAGCUGUCACUCAUGCAGCCUUCCUCAGCAUGGGCACGGCAUGGCAAGCGAACAAUCAAUUCCCAUGGGAGCUACCACGAUACAUUGGAGGCAUAGAAAAUGUCAAGAUCAACCUCAUGAUGCGUAUCUACAGCCAAAAGUGGCACGUCUACGCCGGCCUCGCCAUCCUCAACCCCUCAGCUCGAGCACAAAUCCACCAAUACGCGGUCUCCGUCACCGAACUAUUCAAGCUCAUGCUCGGCGGUCACCGCGAGGAGUUCACAACCCGCAUCCAAAGCGCCCGCGCAGCAGUCUUCGGCGCACCACGCAAAGACGGCGAAGAAUUGCUCCUCCAAGACGACCUCCUGGACAAAUUCAGCCUGGGUGAAAAACCUGCUUCACGGCUGAAGAACAAUCAUCUCUCCCUCCUGGCAAUGGUAGACUGCUGGUGGCACCUCAACAUAAAUCCCUACGACCACAUGAUCUGCUCGACGCCUCUCUUCCGCCUCUGGCUCGGCAUCACAGAGUACGUGUACCGGAACGAAGAACUGUUAUCCGAGUGCAUCGACACCGCCAUCGACGACAAUACGUUCAGAGCGGAUGACCUGGAAUUCACGUUUGCGGCCAGAGAUUGGAGCGAAAGGGUGAGUUUCGGGAAUAUGGAUGGGUAUCGGGAGAGAUUCGAGAAGAUCCAGAGGUACUUCGAGCCGAGAUUUCCCGAGGCGAGAGAGAUCGGGAACCAGAUGAUCCGAACUAUCGAGGAGAAUUUGGCGAGUAGGAAGAAGGGGUGA